AUGUGGGGCCGUUCCAGGGAUGACGUGGCGCACUCACGUGCAGUUUCGCGUACGGUUUUGCCUGGUCCUUAUACGCCAGACGUGGCCCUAGGGGAGGUGGGACAUGUGUCUCCAUCGAUCGUGGCAGCCCUAGAUUCUAAACAUAAUAAGUUUGCCCAUUCCCAUGAUUUAAGCUUCCAAUCCAAAGGGACCACCUGCUCCAUUUUGAUAUCCCAUGCUAGCUAUAACAUAAAGUUUGAAUGCCCCACUUUUGAGAUUAUAAUGCAUACUUUUGGGCCAUCGCGACCAAAGGCUCUUGUCGAGAUAAUAUGUAGUAGUGGAUGA